GUGGGAUUGCAUCGCCCCCAUGUCACACAGUAAUCAUGUAGGAUUAUAGCAUGGGGGAAGGAGUUAUAAACAGACACCGGCUGAGGGGUUGGCUAUUUUUUUUCUUCAUCAUCAUCAUCAUCAUCAUCAUCAUCAUCGUCUUCUAUCUAUCUAUCUAGCUGUCUAAUAGUUUCCGCCAUUCAAUUGAAUUAGCAACAUUCACAGCACAAAACACGAACAGUCGGGUUUAUAACCUUCAUCCUCAUUCUCAAUCAUCACCAACUCCACCCACCAAAACACCACACACAAAAUUUCCAAAAUGGGCUCAGGUCAAGCAUGGUCCUCUGGAUUCUGGGACUGCUGUUCCCCCUGUGGCACAUGCUUCCUCGGCUGCUGCUGCCCCUGCUGUCUUCACGGCCGAACCAGUUCCCGGCUCAAGGAUCCCUCUUUGAAAGAUGAUAGUAUGAUGAAUGGUGGUUGCUGUCUCUACUUCCUCCUCGGCUACUGCGGAUUACACUUCAUCCCGUUAAUGAACAAGCGGGGCCAGAUCCGGGAGAAGUAUGGACUGGAGGGCUCGGGAUGCGGGGAUUGUAUGCGGGCGUGUUGUUGUCCGUGCUGUACGUUGAUGCAGCAUGAGAAGGAAUUGGAGAGUCGGGCGGGGUUUUUGGCUGGGAAUGAAGGGUAUAAAGCUCCUGGGGGGAUGGAGUAUGGUCGGUAGACUUUUUU